UUCUGCUGCUGUCUUCAAUGCGGUGGAGGAAGACAACUAUUGUCUAAUGCGGGGAUUCCGGGGGUUCAUAACGGCACGUCUUUCCAGAAGACGAAGAAGUCUGCAGCGUUUCACCUACAUGCUCUAUUUUAAAUAUUCAAAACCUCUGGAAUUCUGCCGCGAACUCCGGGAUAAUUCUAACAAACCACGUUGUCUGUGUAUCGGGUGUUGGAGUACAGAAUAAUGGCCAGAGCAGUGGGACACUAAGGAAGAUGGGGCCUGUACCUGCUUCUGCUUGGCUCUGUGCCUAGCUAACUCCUGGAGGCCGGACCGGACUGGACUGCUGCUGGAAGGAGGCGAGGGUAUUUGGUUGAUAAGGUAGGGGAAGAGAAACAGAAAAGCCUUGAAUGACUUUUGUCGUUUGUCCUGUUUGUGACCCCAUCGCCGAAACCAGCUCACUUCAACAUUCUGCAGCAAUCCCCUCCUCACUUGGUUUUGUAAAUGUGCUAGUUCCUGGACUCCGAAACAUAGGCAACAGUAUGUUCUACUUCCUAGAUUCCUAAACAUAUGGAUUCUACCAUGUUUCCAGAACAUUUUCUGUAGCCUGUUCUCUGGAGAAUAACUGACGCAAUUCCACAUUUGGGGAAUUUAUUCCCUGUUUUUAGUCAACUCAAUGGAGAGGCUAAGAAGAUAAUCAGAACAGAGAGGCAAAGCUGAAGAGACAUUGGAAUCAUAUUAUUUCUGUAAACUUUAGGGAAAACACAACAACAGUGUAGACUGGAGAUCAUUUCUGCCUCUCUCAGCGGUGGUGGAUUUAAAGCAACAAGACCUAGUUGGAGGGAUUAGGGCCAGAAGUGGAAGAUGAUAAGUAGCAAGGUGCUAUGUGAAGGCCGGGCCGUGUGGCCCCUGGUAUUGACUGGGCUGUUGUUGACAGUCAUGGCCACGGCCUUGGAGUAUGAGGGAGUCCCUGGCCAGUGGGCCCGGUACGGACGCUGGGAGGCCAAGGUCACAGGCGAGCUGAGCUUCACUCUGAAGACCAACAUCAGCAAGGCCCUGGUGCUCUACAUGGACGACGGAGGGAACUGUGACUUCCUGGAGCUGCUGAUCACAGACGGCCGGCUGCAUCUGCGCUUCACCAUCCACUGCGCGGAGCCUGCCUCCCUGCACACGGAGACCCACGUCAACGACCAGCGCUGGCACCGCGUGCUUCUCACCCGCAACUAUAGAGCGACCACCCUGGUGGUGGACAACGAGGAGAAGGUGGCCGAGGUCAAGUCCAAGAGGAGUGAGAUGGUGGUGGCCAGUGACCUUUACGUAGGCGGCAUCUCGCCAGACGUGCGCCUAUCUGCUCUCACGUCCAACACGGUCAAAUAUGAGCCACCCUUCCAGGGCCUGAUUGCCAACCUGAAGCUGGGGGAGAACCUCCCAGUGCUCCUGGAUGGCCAAAGUGUUCAGAAUGAUUUGGAAUACCUGUGUAUUAAACAGAACCCCUGCAGCAACAGAGGCCUCUGCUCCAUCCACCAGGGAGAGGUCCUCUGUGACUGCACCAACACUGGCUACAAGGGAAACUACUGCCACGAAGCUAUCCAGAAAUCAGAGGAAGGUCUGGCGCACAUGAAGUCAAACCGCCAAGCCGAAUCAUUGCAAUCUGCACAAGAGGAGUCGGUGGCCACCUACAAAGGCAACGAGUUUUUCAGCUAUGACCUGUCUCAGACGCCCAUCCAGAGCAGCCUGGACGAGAUUAGUCUGUCCUUCCGCACGCUGCAGAGGAACGGGCUCCUGCUCCACACCGGGAAAUCAGCUGACUACGUUAACCUAUCCCUGAGGAGUGGCGCUGUGUGGCUGGUCAUCAACCUCGGGUCCGGGGCCUUUGAGGCCCUGGUGGAGCCUGCCAACGGCAAGUUCAACGACAACACCUGGCACGAAGUCCGUGUCACGCGCAACCUGCGCCAGGUGACCGUCUCUGUGGAUGGGAUCCUGACCACCACCGGCUACACCCAGGAGGACUACACCAUGCUGGGCUCGGAUGACUUCUUCUACAUUGGGGGGAGUCCCAACACGGCUGACCUCCCAGGCUCCCCGGUCAGCAAUAACUUCAUGGGCUGUCUCAAAGACGUGGUCUACAAGAACAACGAGUUCAGGCUGGAGCUGUCUCGUCUGGCUGCAGAGCGGGACCCUCAGGUCAGUGUUCACGGCGACCUGACCUUCCGCUGCGAGGACGUGGCGGCCCUGGAGCCGGUCACCUUCGACACGCCCGCCUCCUACCUCACCCUGCCCAGGUGGAAAACCAAGAAGACUGCCUCUAUCUCUUUUGACUUCCGCACGACGGAGCCCAGCGGCCUGCUGCUGUUCAGCCACGGUGACAGGCGUCUGCAGGGCCCAGACAGACAGCCGGAGAGGCAGCCCAGGGCUGACUACUUUGCUAUGGAGCUCCUGGACGGCUUCCUCUACCUGCUGAUGGACAUGGGCUCUGGCAGCGUCAAGAUGAAAGCCAGCAACAAGAGGGUCAACGAUGGGGAGUGGUGCCACGUGGACUUCCAGAGGGAGGGGCGCAAGGGCCUGAUCUCAGUGAACAGCCGCAGCAUACCAUUCUCUGCUAACGAAGGCAGUGAGAUCUUAGACCUGGAGGGUGACAUGUACCUCGGGGGUCUGCCCGAGGCACGCCAGGGCCUCAUCCUCCCCCCGGAAGUCUGGACGGCCCCCCUCAACCUGGGCUACGUGGGCUGCAUGCGUGACCUGUUCAUGGAUGGGCGGAGCCGAGACCUGAGGAGACUGGCAGAGAUCCAGAGUGCCUCUGGAGUCAGCAGCUUCUGCACCAGGGAAACGCACAUCAGGUGUGGCAGAGACGUCUGUGCCAACGGUGGGCAGUGCCGCGAGGGCUGGAACCGCCACGUGUGUGACUGCACCAGCACGGGCUACCUGGGCCCCAACUGUGAGAGCGAGGCCACGGUGCUGAGCUACGACGGCAGCAUGUACCUGAAGGUGACGCUGCCGUUGAGCAUGCACAUGGAGGCCGAGGACGUGGCGCUGCGCUUUAUGUCCCAGAGGGCUUUUGGGCUGCUUGUGGCCACUACUUCCCAGGACUCAGCUGACACCCUGCGACUGGAGCUGGACGGGGGCCGGGUCAAACUCACCGUCAACCUGGAUUGUAUCAGGAUAGACUGUAACCUCAGUAAAGGCCCCGAGAUGCUGUUAGCAGGACAGAAGCUGAACGACAACGAGUGGCACUCAGUGAAGGUGGUGCGUCGCGGGAAGAACCUGCACCUCUCUGUGGACAACGUGACAGUGGAAGGCCAUAUGACCGGUGCCCACACUCGCCUGGAGUUCCACAACAUUGAGACGGGCAUCAUGACCGAGCGCCGUUUUAUCUCCGUGGUGCCGUCUAACUUCAUAGGGCACCUGCAGGCCCUCUCGUUCAAUGGCGUGCCCUACCUGGACCAGUGUAAGAACGGAGACAUCUCCUACUGCGAGCUCAACGCCCGCUUCGGCAUGCGCCGCAUCGUGGCUGACCCUGUGACCUUCCACAGUCGGGCUAGCUGCCUGGCCUUCUCCACCCUGCAGGCCUACGCCUCCAUGCACCUCUUCUUCCAGUUCAAGACCACCAGCCUCGACGGCCUGCUGCUCUUCAACUCUGGAGACGGCAGUGACUUCAUCGUUGUGGAGCUGGUCAAAGGGUACAUUCAUUAUGUGUUUGACCUGGGCAACGGGCCGUCUCUCAUGAAGGGCAACUCUGAGAAGCCUCUCAACGACAACCAGUGGCACGACGUGGUGGUCUCCCGGGACAACAACAAUGUGCACAUCCUCAAAAUCGACUCCCGCACUGUCACCCAGCACUCCAACGGAGCCCGCAAUCUGGAUCUCAAAGGGGAGCUGUAUGUUGGUGGUGUAGGGAAGAGCAUGUACAGCAGCCUGCCCAAGCUGGUUGCGUCCCGGGACGGGUACCAGGGCUGCCUGGCCUCUGUGGACCUGAAUGGGAGACUCCCUGACAUGAUGGCAGAUGCCCUCCACAGGGUGGGCCAGGUGGAGCGCGGCUGUGGAGGCCUGAGCACAACCUGUACAGAGGACUCCUGCCAUCACCAGGGGGUGUGUCUCCAGCAGUGGGAGGGCUUCUCCUGUGACUGCACCAUGACCACCUACAGAGGAGCAUUCUGCAGUGACCCUGGGACCACGUAUAUCUUUGGGAGAGGAGGGGCCCUCAUCACGUACACCUGGGCCCCCAACGAGCGGCCGAGCACCAGAGCAGACCGGCUAGCUGUGGGCUUCAGUACUCAGCAGAAAGACGCCAUCUUGGUCCGAGUGGAGAGCACCAGCGGACUGGGAGACUACCUGCAGCUACACAUAGAACAAGGAAAGAUUGGCGUGAUCUUCAACGUGGGGACAGACGACAUCACCAUUGACGAGCCGGCUGUCAUAGUUAGCGAUGGCAAGUACCAUGUUGUGCGCUUCACACGCAGUGGUGGCAACGCCACCCUCCAGGUGGACAACCAGCCGGUGGAGCGCUACCCACCAGGACGACAGCUGACUAUCUUCAACAGCCAGGCAGCGAUAAAGAUCGGGGGUCAGGAUAAGGGCCGGCCGUUCCAGGGCCAGAUCUCUGGCCUCUACUAUAAUGGCCUGCAGGUGCUGACGCUGGCGGCAGAGAAUGACCCCAGUGUCCAGGCUGAGGGGAACCUGAGGCUGGUGGGAGACUCCCUGUCUGUGCUGACCACUGAGACCACCUCCACCACCCCACUGGCAGCCUCCGACAUGUCCACCACCAUCAUGGAGACCACCACCACCAUGGCCACCACCACCACCCGCAGACAACGCUCACCCAGCAUGAGGGAGAGCAUCUCCCAGUCUCAGAACUCGGAUGACAUCUUGGUGGCUUCUGCUGAGUGUCCCAGUGAUGACGAGGACCUGGAGGAGUGUGAGCCUGGAACAGGAGGUGAAUUAGUGUUGCCUAUAAUAACAGUGGAUUCCCUUGAGCCCCCAUCCAUCGCCACCCGUUACCCUGCUAUCCCCCCUCCUCCCACCUCCCUGUCCCCACUUGAGACCACCAAAGUGUCCCUGAUGCUGUCCAACCCUCACCCUCCCUGCCCCCCGGAUCAGGAGGACUGCGGUGACCCUGUGGAGGUCUCAGCCUUCGGUUCUGGGGAGAUGACGGAAUCAGAUGAUGAGGACUUUUACAAAAACUCCCCUCUGGUCACUGAUAGGACAGUCCUGCAUCCUCCUCCUCCCCCCGCCGUCGGUGAGGGCGGGGCACAGAAACCCCACAAUCCCCGCCCCCUUCCUUAUGCUCCCACCACCAACCCUGACCAGCUCCACAUCCCUGCGGGCAAAAUGAACACCCGUGACCAGGUGCUUCUGCCCCCUGCCCCUCCGUCAUCCCGGUAUACACCUGGACUAACUUACCCCCCCAAUUUCCCCCAUGUGCCCACAGCCGACCCUACAGCCCCCGGUGAGAAGGUCAUGCACCCCGGCCUGGUGGAUAGGAUCGGGGAGUCCAGUAGCACCACAGGGAUGGUGGUUGGCAUUGUGGCAGCUGCUGCCCUCUGCAUUCUCAUCCUCCUCUACGCCAUGUACAAGUACCGCAACCGUGACGAGGGCUCCUACCAGACGGACCAGGGACACAACUUCAUCAGCAACCCAGUUUCCGAGGGCAACGGGGCCAUGGUCAAGCUAGAGAAGACACCAAGCACAACCACGGCUGCAGUAGCUAAGACAGUAACCAAGGGCAAGAAGAACAAAGACAAAGAGUAUUAUGUCUAAGAGAGGGAUGGAUAGAGAAGGAGAGAACGAGAGAGAUAGGCUAGAGCAGGGUUUCCCAACUCCAGUCCUCGAAUACCCCAGAGAAGCACACCUGAUUCAACUUGUCAACUAAUCAUCAAGCCCUCAAUCAGUUGAAUCAGGUGAGUUUGUCCGGGGCGGCAACAAAGUUGUGUGCUGUUGGGGGUACUCUGGGACUGUUGGGGUACACUGGGAUAGAGGAAAAUCAUGGAAAGGGGGUUCUCACAAAGAAUUUCACUUCCACAUUAUCCUCUAGAUAAAUAUCCAAAGUGUAGGGUGUAAUUGUUACAUUUGUGGCACACAAAAAAAAAAGAAAAUCCAAUUUGCCAUCAGUAUUUCCACAAUUCCUGUUCAAUUAUGCUUUGAGAAUUUGUAUCACAUACCAAAUAUUGUAUUGGAUAACAUACCAUUUCAUACAGGAUAAGAAGCAUAUCCAUUUGGCUGUGUUUGUAUAUAGCACCAAUAUCUAUCAACUGUAUGGUUAUGGUUCCCAGUGAAAACUCAGUUUAAACCAUUGUACUAUAGAACCAGGUUUGCAUGAAUGUCAGUUCGUCAUGCUCUAUCUCAAGUCCCUAUGUCUUUGAAAGUAAGUCAGCGGUAUCAGUGUGUACUGAAUGGUCAUUAUGGUAGAUAAGGACAGAGCAACCCAGUAGAGUUUACUAGAUUAAACUAAAGCCAUACCCAUAUUUGGAGAUUGGGUGACCCACCUUCUCUGCAGACUAGCCUACCCCAUUUUGUGUUAUCCCACGUAAAACGGCUUUCAACUCUGUCUAUCUCUCUGGUUGUCCGUGGUGCUAUGUUAAUGGUCCAGUAUCAUUGAACCAUGUUUCCUUUUGGGAAAAUACAGGUUACCAAAGGGAAUACACGAGUUCACGGCAGAAUUUAGCCAACAAACCCACACCAUUGGAUGGAUGAGAUGAGCUGGAUUCUCUCAUCUCUGUGUGAGAAGAGAUCACCAAACCGACAGUGUCAUUCAUUCCAUCCAGGAACAAGUUCCUCAAGCUUAACAAAUCUCAAAAAGCAAAACGCUACUGUAGCAAAGACAUUGCUCUGGAAACAUAUUUGUAUGUAUAGAUGUCUUGGGUUUGAAAAAGCAUUGCUUCUGUGUUUGUUGGAGUAGACAGGGGGGGCACAGACAUGAAAAAGAUACUACAUGUGAGAGAUGUUCUGCCCCCAUGGUUACCACUGUCAACACUCCAGCCAGAUCCCCCUAUGAGGAAAGUAGAGACAGUGAAUAUGAAAGGGAGCUGCAGGACACAGUCACUUUUGAAUAACUUUUUCUGGUUGUUCCUGUGGGGGGGGGGGGAACAUGUCCAAGCUUGUGUCAAGAGGCUGGCUUUCGCUUUCCUUCUUCAAAAUUGGCACACACAAAAAAAAAACUGGAAAGGCACAAACAGUAGAAAAAUCUCUUUGAGAGAUAAAUACUGUGUUACCUUUUGAAAGCAAACCAAACAUGUAUUCUGGUUUUUCUACCCAUGAAUAAAAGACUGUUCUGUGAGAUGAACUAUUGAAGGUUUGUGAAUUGUAUAGCUACUUCUCAGAUACUUCCGUGUUUCUCUUGUUACCAUUCCUGCAGUUCCGUUUAAAAAGAAAAAUGUUUCCUUUUAAUCCGAUACAGAUGAAAGGGAGCAUUUGGUCUAUGAUGAGACACCGUUGUCUGACUACAGAGACACAUUAUAAGUAUUUCAAUUUUUGUUCAAUGUUGAAUAACAUGACAUUUCCAUUAAAGACAGGUUAGUGAUUGUAUGGAAACGUAUCAAGAGAAAACACAAAAGGAUGACGUGCACUCUUUUGAUUCAUUUCUUCAUUUCAUGUACAUUGAAAAACCUGGCUAUCUUUGUCUGUUGUCGCCAUUCUCUCUGUUGUAUCAUGUUUACAUUUUCCAUUUCUGUCAUUUCAUCUUGUUUUUUUUUACGACGUGCCAUUUAAACAUAAACUUCUCAGAGUAUAUCCCUGUGUCAUAACUCAAUGAUAUUGUAAAGUGUUCCUGUGAAAUUAACCUUAAUAUGUGUACAGUACAUUGACAGAGGGGAAAUACAAUUGGUUAUAUACUUCGUA